AUGGGCGAACUAGACGAAUUGGUAACUACUUUACUCGGUACUUUUACCAGUGGUAUAAGACUUCUCAGAGCUCGUCGCAAGAGACAGACAAACAGCAGUAGAAAGAUCGAUCAUGAAAAUUGCGAAGAAACUCUUCUCAUAAAGUCAUUCAAACAAUCCAGAUCAGAUAUCCGAGAGGCAUACACGAGGGAAUCCAUCAAAUCUGGCCCCAAAUUCUCCAAAGGCGAUGCAAAAGCGCGCUCUUCACUAUCUACCAUACUAUCCCGACUAAACACUGCUUUCACCUCCGCGGUCGUAUUAUUUUCCCAGGGCAAAGUCAAGCCCGCCGAUCAAGAACUCUUCAUCAAACUCUCCAACAAAUCCCGCGCGGAAACCAUCACUGCCCUCGAUAGCCUCUCCAAGCGCUUAUCAAAAUCUUCCCCAUCCCUCGUAUCCCGUGAUCCCGCAACCCGAAGUCCAAACCAUCGUCGAAAACGACAUCAAACUCAUACUCCCCCUCCACCCAUCCCCACCAAACCCACCGCUCUGGGUCCAGCCACAAAAAAUGGCUGGAUCCGACCCAAACCCACGAAAAAAGAUAUCCCAAAAUCUAAACCCCAAACUCCAAAAGCAACGCUCACGAAAUCAACACUGAAAGAAAAGUCAGCGCCCUCGCAAUCCUUCACGCUACUAGAAGAGAAACAAGAAGCACUCCCCAAACGCGCAGCGGAAAAUCGAAAAUCCGGCUUCUCUUUCGCGUCAGAUAGUACGAAACUCGGUGAGAUCCCAGACUCCAGAAUCGCAAGACUACUACCUGAUACUGGUACUGGUACUUCAUCGCAUGAUCAAUAUUCUCGAUACUAUCCCACCGUGGUAGCAUUCCCCUUGGCGCCGUAUCAGCCCGCGCCGCGAAAACGACGGUUUGGUGUGCGGAAAUUGUGGAAAUGUAGACCGGGGGAGGAGGGGUUGGUGUAUGGUCAUGGUAGUGGGAGUGGGAGUGGGAGUGGGAGUGCGGGGUGA